GGAAGAGUUAUGUCACGUUCUUUACACAAGGUCCAAACUGCCUUUUUGAGAAAUGCGUCUUCCAGACCUUUCUGUGUGUACACAGAUCGUGUGCUGCGGCUCUCUCAACGUGUCGGCCUUGGGCACUCCGUGUUAAUCAGAAAUUCUGUUUUAGGUAUUUCAAAAAGACGAAGAGUAACAGAUGAAUGGGAACUGCGUGUUCCUCUGGAAUACGGCUGGCAAAGAGAAACCCGAAUAAGAAACCUUGGUGAUCGUCUUCAAGGAGAAGUAGCGUAUUUUGCACCUUGUGGAAAGAAGCUGAGACAGUAUCCUGAAGUAGUCAAGGGUGUGCAGUGGUGUCUGCUGAAGGAAGAGGAAGUCAUUCCCCGUAUCAGAGCUAUGGAAGGGCGAAGAGGACGGCCACCAAAUCCAGACAGACAGCACUCGAGAGAGGAGUCACGAACGAGACGACGCAAAGGCCGGCCUCCGAAUGUUGGUAGCACUGAAUUUCUAGACAACACCGACUCAAAGCUUUUAAGAAAGCUCCAGGCUCAAGAAAUAGCUAGGCAAGCAGCACAAAUAAAGCUACUGAGAAAACUCCAGAAACAGGAACAAGCUCGAGCUGCCAAAGAAGCGAAAAAACAGCAAGCUAUCAUGGCAGCUGAAGAAAAGCGAAAGCAAAAGGAGCAGAUAAAGAUAAUGAAGCAGCAGGAGAAAAUUAAGCGAAUCCAGCAAAUCAGAAUGGAGAAAGAGCUUCGAGCUCAGCAAAUUUUAGAGGCGAAAAAGAAAAAGAAGGAAGAAGCAGCAAAUGCCAAAUUAUUGGAGGCCGAAAAGCGAAUAAAGGAAAAAGAGAUGCGAAGGCAGCAAGCUGUUCUUCUGAAGAACCAGGAACGAGAAAGGAGAAGACAACAUAUGAUGCUUAUGAAAGCCAUGGAAGCACGUAAAAAAGCAGAAGAAAAAGAGAGGUUGAAGCAAGAGAAACGUGAUGAAAAAAGGUUAAAUAAAGAACGUAAACUGGAACAGCGAAGACUGGAAUUAGAAAUGGCAAAGGAGCUAAAGAAGCCUAACGAAGAUAUGUGCUUAGCAGACCAGAAGCCUUUGCCAGAGUUGCCUCGCAUCUCAGGCCUUGUUCUCAAUGGAAGCACAUUUUCAGAUUGUCUCAUGGUAGUGCAGUUCCUGCAGAACUUUGGUAAAGUUCUUGGCUUUGAUGUGAAUGUGGAUGUCCCUUCCUUGAGCGUUCUUCAAGAGGGUUUGCUAAACAUAGGGGACAGCAUGGGAGAAGUACAAGACUUGCUUGUAAAGCUUGUCUCUGCAGCUGUUUGUGAUCCAUUUGUUACAGGAAAAAAGGCUAAAACUAUUCUUGGGGAACACUUACUGAAUGUCGGUGUCAAUCGAGAUAAUGUGUCCGAGAUUCUGCAGAUACUCAUGGAGGCUCACUGUGGGCAAACUGAGCUGACCGAGAGCUUGAAGACAAAAGCUUUUCAGGCACAUACCCCAGCUCAGAAAGCGUCAAUACUUGCUUUUCUUGUCAAUGAGUUAGCAUGCAGCAAAAGCGCAGUAAGUGAAAUUGAUAAAAACAUUGAUUAUAUGUCAAACUUGAGAAGAGAUAAAUGGAUGGUUGAAGGCAAACUUCGGAAGCUUAGAAUCAUUCAUGCCAAGAAAACUGGCAAAAGAGAUGCCACAGGAGGUGGUGAUGGAGGAGAGGAACAGCACUCACUGGAAAUGCCAACACCAGGCCGCAAACGCAGACGGAAGGGAGGGGACAGUGAUUACGAUGAUGAUGACGAUGAUGACAGUGAUGAUCAGGCAGAUGAGGAUGAUGAGGAUGAGGAGGACAAAGAAGAUAAAAAAGGAAAGAAAGCAGAAGUUUGUGAGGAUGAG